UGUUUUGGUUUGAUGGUUUGGUGUUGUUUGUUUGUGGUGAUUUUAACAUUAACUUCAUUAUAUAUUUUUUACUGUGGUAGUUACAAUUAUUAUCGCAGAAUUUUACGUAACUGUGCCAAAGGAAUCAUCUCUCCAUAUCGUUGUCGUUAUAGUAGGCCAACCCGUUAACGAACGCAACCGUCACGCAUCCCCUGAUUCGUGGGGGAGAACAGCGGAGCGAGUAUCGCGAUUAUAGUAUUCGUGUUGAUAUGCUGUGAUAUACGUUAUUACACAAGCACAUUGGAUAAUAGACGAUACAAUGUUAGCGAAUGCAGAACCAGAUCUAGAGGACAGCCUAAGCCUCUGGAGAUGAAAUCCUGUCUGCUUAGGGUGAUGUUGGUUUUGUAUUUGCCUUUGCCAUAUAGAGGACAACGUCUAGUUCCACCCAGGUCAUACCAGGAUGAUGAUGACGACCAUGAUGACCAGAAUUUGCUGGGCGAGGAUAGGGACGUGUACCAGCACCGAAACUGGACAGACGAGAAAGGUUUGUUCGUCGGUGCACCAUGUGAGCAUGUUUGCAGCUCGCGGCUGCAACACGCUUACUGCAACUUGGUUACCAACAUAUGCGAGUGUGAGAAGAAAUAUCCGGUUAGACUUAGUAAUCCCUACUCAGGAUGUAGCAAGCCUAAAAGUUUGGGCGAGCAAUGCUACUACCACGAGACUUGCGAGUACACGGAUCAGCACGCGUCUUGCAUUCAGGUCCAUCACAACGCCAUAUGUCAAUGCCAGACUGGCUACCACGCCGUGUCUCUCCAGAAACCUUCGAAACGAACGUUUUGCGCCGAAGACGCUGUCGUCGUAGCGACAGACUUUUCAACCUUCGCAGGGGUCUUGUCGGGUAUAGCCAUACUGUCUGGCCUUAUUUGUUUCGUACUGCAUCUUUUUAAUCAGAAUUUGUACGGGUCUGGACAUCGCCGGCAUAGGUUUGGCAAUGCCAAUCUAGCUCCGCCCAUAUUGUUUUCCAGUGAUCCAGGUAGCCCAUCUGUUACAGGGUCUCUACCGCUACCUAUAAUGGUCAAGAAUGGCGGCACUCAGUCGCAAGCGUCAAGCCGUAGGACGUUCGUAUCUUCUAUGGCGUCGCGGCGCACAUCCAGCGCCGCCACGUACCACCGGAGCGGCAUUGCUACCGUACCCGGCUCUCGAGCAGGAAACAUUCCUUGUAGAUUUACAACAUACACAAACCAAUACACCUCUUCUAACACAGACACAGUAGUAGAAAGCAUGCGAUGUAUGAGGAGUCUUGCAUUCAACAAAAGGUUUACAGGUUCCAGGAGGCCUAGUAUAGCCUCGGUGCAUAGUUCCAAUUCUAUAAGGAGCUACAGUGCUCGGAGGUACGAGAGAGAGAGGGAACAGAAGGAAGAGAGGGAAAUGCAAAGGCGUCUAUCGAAAAUGGCGACCGGGUCUAUGAGUAUAGGUCCUCCGACGCCUAGUCCCCAUUCUACAGAUGACCUCUUGCCAACUUUAAAGGAGGAUGUUCAAAGUCGUUACUUUCCAGGCACCCCCAUUGGCCACUAAAGAAGAUUCGACUACCAGUUUUCAAGAGGAAAACCUGCCUUCCACGUCGAGGCAGUAUUCGUAGAUUUAUCCGAAGUGAAGUUGAGUUUUGAUAUGAGGUCUUUUAAUAUUUAAACGAAGCGAUACCGCCAUAUUAUUCAGUCGCCUAAUUGAAAUUGCUACUUUUUUGUAAACAGUAAAAAAACUGACAAAAAGGGCUUGAGUUUAUUGUGAUGGGAUGUAUUGGGGCAGAGUAUUUAGUCGCAUUUAGAUAAUUUUUACACCAAAGGAAAGGCGGGCGAAUAUAAUUUAGAUGUUAAGAUGGAGUGACCAAGCUAAAAUUUGAAGUAAACGUAAAGUAUCCUUAAGAAACAUUUGGUACGAUAAAUUUUAGUGUUUUAUUAAAUUGUGAAACGUUUUUCCGACAACACCUCGUGAUGAUCCUCGUUUACGAAUUAUUUAUAUAUUACUAGACGUGUUAACAAUAAAGUU